CGGACACUUAUCUGGAGAGCCAUGAACCUAAGUGUGAACCGAUGCCUCACCGGUGGUUUCGUCGGGGGAUUCUCUAGCUGCAGACUCACUCGCGGUGGUGAGAAAAGAUGGGUUCGUGCUGCCAAGCACUGUGAGCUUGAGAGAGAGACACGUUUAGGGUCUGAUGUUGUUUCUUUACAGAGGAAAGAGGGUAAAAGUAUGAAACUUGCGAUGCUUGCUAGUGGUUUAGGAGUGGCAAACUUGGUAACUCUUAGCUCAGCAAAGGCCGCAGACUUGAAGAUGAUUGUCUUGGAUCAAGCCACUUCCAUUUACAUUUUGGCUGAAGGAAGCCUUGGAGAUUCGGUGGGAAACUUCUUGUAUUCAGCUAACCAACAAGCUAACGAAGCUGUUCAAGAUCAGCUAUCAGCUCUUAGUGUAACAAGUUUGGCAGUAAUAUUUGGGGCAGGCCUUGUGACAAGUCUGUCUCCAUGUACACUCAGUGUUCUGCCUUUGACACUUGGUUAUAUUGGUGCAUUUGGGUCUGGCAAAAGCAGAGGGCAGGUUAUUGGAGAUACAGUUGCUUUCGCACUGGGAUUAGCUACUACCUUAGCACUUCUUGGGAUAGUAGCUUCUUUUGCUGGAAAAGCCUAUGGACAAAUAGGACAAGGAUUACCAGUAGCUGCAUCUGGCCUGGCUAUUGUAAUGGGUCUCAAUCUCCUUGAGAUAAUCGAACUUCAGCUUCCAUCUUUCUUUAACAACUUUGAUCCUCGUGCUGCAGCAGCAAACUUCCCAUCUAGUGUACAAGCGUAUCUAGCCGGUCUCACAUUCGCACUUGCUGCAUCACCUUGUAGUACUCCAGUUCUAGCCACCCUUCUUGGCUACGUAGCUACUUCCAGGGAUCCAGUAAUUGGUGGAAGCUUACUCUUAACCUAUACAACAGGUUACGUUGCUCCACUCAUCGUGGCUGCUUCUUUCGCCGGAGCUUUACAGAGCUUACUUUCCUUGCGAAAGGUCUCUGCAUGGAUCAACCCCAUAAGUGGUGCUCUUCUACUUGGAGGAGGUUUAUAUACUUUCUUGGAUAGGCUUUUUCCUGCUGCUACUAUGGUCAUGUAAGUAUUUGUACAAAUAAAACUACAUUACUCAUUUCUUCUGCCAAAAACAUAAGUGUUUGUAAUGGUAAAUAAAUAAUAUUGUCUAUA